UGGACUUCAAUCCAAAGCCGGGCCAGAUAGGGAGUACCAACAGGAGAGUGUAGGGACGCACUAAUGACAGCGAAUCUGUCCUGUGGAACUUGAACGCACUUUGCCAUAGCCUUUAUACGGAGUGUACUGUUUGAAAGACCUGCGUAUCUGCGGGUGCAUUGCUGUGCUCUGCAAUGGAUGAUGGGAAGCCUGUGUGGGCGCCUCACCCAACCGAUGGGUUCCAGCUGGGCCUGAUCGUGGACAUCGGUGCCGACAGCCUCACAAUAGAACCCCUCAACCAUAAAGGCAAGAACUUUCUGGCUCCCAUCAGCCAAGUGUUCCCUGCCGAGGAGGAUGUCAACAAACACGUGGAGGACAACUGCUCUCUCAUGUACUUGAAUGAAGCGACCCUACUGAACAACGUCCGCUUGCGCUACAGCAAAGACAAGAUUUAUACAUACGUGGCCAACAUCUUGAUUGCUGUGAAUCCCUACUAUGACGUCCCCAAGUUGUACUCACCGGAGACCAUUAAGAUGUACCAUGGUCGUUCCCUGGGCACCCUUCCUCCUCAUGUCUAUGCUGUUGCGGACAAGGCCUACCGUGACAUGAAGGUCCUGAAGAUGAGCCAGUCCAUCAUCGUUUCAGGUGAAUCUGGAGCAGGAAAGACAGAAAACACCAAGUUUGUCCUCAGGUAUUUAACAUCAUCAUACGGAACGGGCCAAGAUAUUGAUGAGAGAAUAGUUGAAGCCAACCCUCUGCUCGAAGCUUUUGGCAAUGCAAAGACAGUCAGAAAUAACAACAGCAGUCGAUUUGGGAAGUUUGUGGAGAUUCAUUUCAAUGAGAAGAACACAGUGGUGGGGGGCUUCGUCUCUCACUACCUGCUGGAGAAGUCCCGCAUCUGCAUGCAGAGCAGUGAGGAGCGCAACUACCACAUCUUCUACCGCCUCUGUGCCGGCGCCUCAGAGGACAUCAGGCACAUGCUGCACCUCAACUCCCCAGAGAGCUUCCGGUACCUGAACCGUGGCUGUACACGUUACUUCGCCAGCAGGGACUCCGAUAAGCAGAUCAUGCAGAACCGGAAGAGUCCUGAGGACAAUAAGCACACGAAGGUGGGCCCGCUGAAAGACCCGCUGCUGGACGACCAGGGCGACUUCAACAGGAUGUGCGGCGCCAUGAAGAAGAUCGGCCUGGACGACACGGAGAAGCUGAACCUGUUCCGAGUGGUGGCGGGGGUGCUGCACCUGGGCAAUGUCGACUUCGAGGAGACGGGGAGCACCUCGGGCGGCUGCAUCCUGAAGAAUCAGUCCAGUCAGACUCUGGAGUACUGUGCGGAGCUGCUGGGUUUGGACCAGGAGGACCUGCGGGUCAGCCUCACCACCAGGGUCAUGCUCACGACAGCAGGGGGCGCCAAAGGCACAGUCAUCAAGGUGCCGCUAAAGGUGGAGCAGGCCAACAACGCCAGGGACGCUCUGGCCAAGGCUGUGUACAGCCGCCUCUUCGAUCAUGUGGUCAAGAGGGUCAACCAGUGCUUUCCUUUCGAGACUUCCUCCAACUUCAUUGGGGUCCUGGACAUCGCCGGCUUUGAAUAUUUCGAGCACAACAGCUUUGAGCAGUUCUGCAUCAACUACUGCAAUGAGAAGCUGCAGCAGUUCUUCAACGAGCGCAUCCUGAAAGAGGAGCAAGAGCUGUACCAGAGGGAAGGCCUGGGGGUGAAUGAGGUUCACUAUGUGGACAACCAGGACUGCAUAGACCUGGUGGAGGCCAAGCUGGUCGGAAUCCUGGACAUCUUGGAUGAGGAGAACCGUUUGCCGCAACCCAGCGACCAGCACUUCGCCGAGGCCAUUCACAGCAAGCACAAGGAUCACUUCCGCCUCACGGUUCCCAGGAAAUCAAAGCUGACGGUGCACAGGAACCUGAGAGAUGAUGAGGGCUUCAUCAUCAGGCACUUUGCUGGGGCUGUGUGCUAUGAAACGGCCCAGUUCGUGGAGAAGAAUAAUGACGCCCUCCACAUGUCCUUGGAGAGCCUGGUGUGUGAGUCAAAGGACAAGUUUGUGAAGGAUCUCUUUGAGAACUUCAGCAACUCCAGGGAUUCCAAGCAGAAGGCCGGCAAGCUCAGCUUCAUCAGUGUGGCUACCAAAUUCAAGACUCAGCUGAACCUACUAUUAGAGAAGCUUCGCAGCACGGGCUCCAGCUUCAUCCGCUGUGUCAAGCCCAACCUGAAGAUGGUGAGCCACCAGUUCGAGGGCGCCCAGAUCCUCUCACAGUUGCAGUGUUCCGGCAUGGUGUCAGUGCUGGACCUGAUGCAGGGUGGCUUCCCUUCCAGAGCACCUUUCCACGAGCUCUACAACAUGUACAAGCAGUACAUGCCUGACAAGCUCACCAGGCUGGACCCACGGCUUUUCUGCAAGGCUUUGUUCAAGGCUCUGGGCCUGAAUGAUAAUGAUUACAAGUUCGGCCUCACCAGGGUCUUCUUCCGUCCGGGGAAGUUUGCAGAGUUCGAUCAGAUCAUGAAGUCGGACCCGGAGCACCUGCUGGAGCUGGUGAAGCGCGUCAACAAGUGGCUGGUGGUGAGCCGCUGGAAGAAGGUGCAGUGGUGCGCGCUGUCCGUCAUCAAACUAAGGAACAAGAUGACGUACAGAGCCCAAGCCUGUAUUAAGAUUCAGAAGUCGGUGCGCAUGUGGUUGUGCAAGAAGAGACACAAGCCACGCGUUGACGGCCUGGUGAAGGUGAAGAACCUGAAGAAGACGCUGGAAAAGUUCACGGAGGUGGUGAGCGGCGUGAAGGAAGGCAAGCAGGAGAUGGCCAAGCAGGUGCAGGAGCUGGGCACGGCCAUCGACUCGCUCAUGGCCAAGAUUAAGAGCACGGUGAUGAGCCGCAAGCAGAUCGAGGAGGAGUACGAGGGCCUGGUCAAGCGCUCGGAGCAGCUGCUCUCCUCCAUGCAGAAGCGGAAGCAGGAGGAGGAGGAGCAAGAGCACCUCAAACGCAUCCAAGAGGAGAUGGAGCGCGAUCGCAAGCGCCGCGAGGAAGAGGAGCAGCUCCGCCAGCGGGAGGAAGAAGACCGCCGCCUGAAGUCAGAGAUGGAGCAGAAGAGGAAGCAGGAUGAGGAGGAGAGGAGGAAGAGAGAGGAGCAAGAACGCCUCCUGCAGGCUGAGCUGGAGAUCGAGCUGGCAGUGGAGCGUGAGGAGGCCACGCAGCAGCAGACCAUGCUGGAGCAGGAGCGGCGCGACCGCGAGCUGGCCAUGAGGAUCGCCCAGAGCGAGGCUGAGCUCAUCCAGGAGGAGUCCCAGAUGGAUCCCAGCCUGCGCAGCUACGAUUUCUCAUGUGCCUCAUUCUCAGAGAGAGAGAAGAGCGACUUGGCUGACGAAAUAGCUGAACUUCUGGCUAGGGGAGUCCAAGUCCAAGCCAACAAGGUCGCAGCUGGUGUCAAGAAGUAUGACCUCAGCAAGUGGAAGUACGCCGAAUUGCGUGACGCCAUCAACACCUCUUGCGACAUCGAGCUGCUUGCCGCCUGCAGAGAGGAGUUUCACCGCCGCCUGAAGGUGUACCACGCCUGGAAGUCAAAGAACAAGAAACGCGACACCGACACCGAACAGCGGGCCCCUAAGUCAGUCACCGACUACGCCGAGCAGAACCCGGCGCCGCCCGUCCAGGCCCGGCAGCAGGAGACCGCCAUGAACCGCCAGCAGCGCUACUUCCGCAUCCCCUUCAUCCGGCCGGCUGACCAGUACAAGGACCCACAGAACAAGAAGAAGGGCUGGUGGUACGCCCACUUCGAUGGGCCGUGGAUUGCCCGACAGAUGGAGCUCCACCCGGACAAGCAACCCAUCCUGCUGGUGGCAGGGAAGGAUGACAUGGAGAUGUGUGAGCUCAGUCUGGAGGAGACGGGCCUGACCCGGAAGCGGGGUGCCGAGAUCCUGCCCCGGCAGUUUGAGGAGAUCUGGGAGCGCUGCGGCGGCAUCCAGUACCUGCGCAGCGCCAUCGAGAGCAAGCAGGCGCGGCCCACCUACGCCACGGCCAUGCUUCAGAAUCUCCUCAAGUGAGGAAGCCUCGUGAAUACUGCACACUCCUGUCAGGCUCCAGUUCUGGGCGCUUUGGCUAAUCUUGUGCUAUAGAGAGCGCAAAGGGAACACAUACACAUACACACAAGGGUAGUUAGGCCUUUACUUCAUCUCACGCUGGGUAUCCAGCAGAAAACCCUAAACUACUCAGUUGUUUUUUUGUCAUAUUUAAAGAGUACUUUUCUUGAUUUUCUUUUGGUCAUUUCUGUUUGUCUGUUUGUACGAUUUUGCUGUGAGACUUUAUAGAUGACAAUUUCUGAUUUGUAUUGUUUUUUUUUUCCCAUGCAAAUAUGAUUUAUGCUUGAAUUCAUGAUACAAAAAUUGGGGCCUUAUUGUAAUGGUGGUGUACCUGUUCCUUAUGUUAUUAUGUGAUCUUAACUCUGUCUUAACUCUGUUAAUGGUUGUUAAUGUGUCAAGGUUAAUUUUGUGGGACCAGCUGUUGAAUGACUCUGUGCUUUUAAUUGUGACUCGAUCUAUCAGUUUUAAGUCCUUCAAACACUCCUUUAAGUGUCUGUCCUAAGGGCUUCACACGUUAAUGCUGACUCACAGGUUUCUACUCAUUCCCUUUGGUUGUUUGUUGACAAUCAGUGCAAUUCAUUCUUUUUUUCAGGUAAUAAUGUACAUUGUUUUCGAAGAAAAAAAAAUUGGAGCCAGAACCUCACCUGUAGUUCACUUGAAAGAUAAGAUAAAGUUUACUUCACAGGCACUAUGCAUCCACACACUCACUGAAGUCAGAGUGUGUUUCAUGACCUUACAGUAUAUUACCACGGUGAUGUGCAGGGCAAAAACACCCUGUAUAUCAGACUGGAAUGCUUGAUAUACUGUAGCAAUAUAACUGCCUUCACAGUCUUACAAACGUUCUAUUCUUGGUGUUGUAUUGGUCUAGCAGGUUCAGUAGACUACAGGUAUCCAUAAUUCAUUUCCUUCGUUUUAUUCUCCCCACGAUUUUGUACUUUGCAAAUAAAAAAACAACUCAAUUGAUGAAAGCGGGAAUAUUUCCUCCCAGUAAAUGCGGUGGUGAGUCAGGCGCCCUGGUGAAUGAUUAGCUGUGAGGUCUGUGCUGUGUGCUAGGUCUCCGAUGGCUUCUCUAGUUAUUUGUCGAUGCACAAAACGUCAAGCACCCUUGUUAUGAGCGGGAAAGAAUACGCUUUUCUGAUGCGGUUAGGCGCUUUGCAAAUCAAGUUAUUUUAAAACCCAUAUGAAUAUUUAUAUGAGCCGCUGACCAUUUUGCUGAGAAGUCAUAGGGUAGAAUAGUAGAUUAGGCACAAGUGCAGUUUUUAACACAAUUGUAACCUUUUGACGAGGGCAGAUUGCUUUUUUGCUGUGCUAUGAAUGCUAUAAAGUAGGCAGAAUAUAUUAGAUUAUGAAAGGGUAAUACAGUGGAAUGUUCCAAGCCAUGAUACUGAUGUCUAAUCAUGUGCUCCGGCGUGGAAACAAAUGAGCUCUGUGUCGUAAACAGGGAUGGAAAUCUGAAAUGUAUAACAUCAUUUGACUAACAUGAGUCUGGAAGAUGGUUGGAGGUCAUUUAAGAUACGGUGCAGAGUUGUUCUUCAGGUCUGUUUGUACUCCAGUGCUGUUUAUUUAUGAUACUUGAUCUCUCUUUUGUGUCACGAACACUAUUUCAUUAUGUAAAUGUAUUUGGAUCCGAUAGCGACGCAGUGCAAAGCAACCUUGCUGCUGUAUCCAGGACUCUGAAGAUGACUGCUUGCUUGUGAUUGGUAGGGUUGCAGAGGGUCAUUGCAUUUCAGAAGUGUCCAUUUGUUGGCAGCACUGUGCUAUCGUAAUAAACAUAAUUUCUCCCAA